AGAGCGCGCGACAGUCCCCGCGAAAGCAUGUGACCGACUCUUCUAGCAAUGGAUUUGACCGGCUACCAGCUGUCGGACCUUCCUGGCAGCUGGGAGCACCUCGUGGUUCCAAUUGCUCUGAAUUUUCGACCUUGCAACAACCACCUGCGCCGACAGCGUUAACAGCACCGGGUCGCGGUCUAACCUCGAGCGAUCACUCAACAGGAGGAGUCAAUUGACCCGCAAGACCUGCCAAUGCAACAGCCAUAGCAGAAGCCCACCGAAACGUCGCGGCUCAGCAAAAAUCCUCCUACCAUGCCGCCGACACUCCCCAUGCAGAGCUGCCUGCUCCGGGCAUCCGCCUCAGCAUCAGCAUCAGCAGCGCGCCCCUCCUCCUUAACAGCCCUGCGACGCAUUCUCUCAACGACAAGCUCAGCGACUCGAAGAACCCUGACAACAACAACCCCGAAAUCUUACAAACAACCCGCCAUCCCGGACUCCGACCUGCCCAUUCCGUCGGUGACGGCGCCGCACCCAGAAAUCCCGCCCUACCCCUACGGCCCACGCCCCUUCUACCACCAAUCCAACACAGGCCUCUACGGCGAAGCACGCAUCCGCUUCGGCAACAACGUGUCGGAAGAGAACGAGAUCAAGACGCGGCGCAAGUGGCGGCCCAACGUGCACCACAAGCGCCUCUGGUCGGCGUCGCUGGGCGUGUUCGUCAAGACGCGCGUGACGGCCCGCGUGCUGCGCACGAUCGACAAGGUCGGGGGGCUGGACGAGUACCUGCUCGGACGCAAGCCGCAGCGCGUCAAGGACCUGGGACCCUGGGGGUGGCGGCUGCGGUGGCGGAUCAUGCAGACCCCGUCGGUGCGGGAGCGUUUUGCCAGGGAGAGGGCCGCGCUUGGGCUACCGCCUAAGGAGGAGACCGAGUUGCGGGCGGAGGCGGAGGCUGAGUUGCCCGAUGGGAGUUCUGCGGGGGAUGCGUUGAUGGCGGAGACGGAUAGGAUGUUGCAGGAAGGGAGCGAGUUUAAGCUCGGGGCGGAGGCGGAGGAGGAGGGUGGGUUCAUGAGGGAGGAGAAGCCCAGGAAAGCAUGAGCUCCUAUGGGACGAGAGGGCUAUGUAGAUUCUGGGUGUCGUCGUAUCUACAAAGAGCUGUAUCAUAUUUGUACAUUCGGUUGCAACUCCCACGGCAAUCUCAUAGAUGGAAGUAUGGCUUAGGAAGAGCAUCGUUGCUUCUGCCACCCUCGCCACCGGAAUGUCAUGACCCUA